AACAUGGCUGCGCGCAGCGUGGAGAAUAAACACAGUCGCACGUCUUACCUUUAAAUACAUGUGCAGAGGUUCUCCUUAGACGAAGCAAACACACCGACGUUCUGAGACAGUACGGGCUACACGUCACGUCAUGGUCGCGGUUAGCAUGUUGCUAACAAAACACGAACUUUUGUCGCUCGCACUUUGUAGCUCGGAUGCACGGAGGUCGAGGAUGACGUCAUUCCGAGCUACGAUGUACCACUUCCGAGGUCUGCCGAACACAGCAGUGUCAGAUGUGUGUGGAGCAUGUAAAGGUGGAUCAACGUGUUCAUUCUUCUGACAAUACCGCUGCUGUCUUCCCUACACCCACUUCCGUUGUGCAGAACCCGGAAGUUAAAAAAAAAAACCAACAGGUCUGCAGAACUGGAUGUAUAGGAAGCACCUGAGUUCCACACUGAUUGUAAUCCUGAUCAAGAAGAUACACGACUGGGUUCAUUCCAGCAGCAGAAAAUCACAUUGGGGAGAUUUGUGGAAACACCCAACAUUUGCUUAAAUGGGGAAUUCAGUGGGGCAGAACAGCUUGGGAAUUCCUCGAGGAAAAGGACCACACCAGGUGGGAUCCACAGACUUAAUGGUGGGCCACACAAUACAGGGAACCUUCUUCAGACUUUACUACCCAUGCCAAGCUGAAGAGGGUUCAGAUGAGCUGAACUGGAUCCCAUGCAGAGAGUACUUCAACGGCCUCGCGGACUUCAUGAAAAUGAGCCGAGCAUUGAGCGAACGGAUUUUUAACUUCCUGUUUGGGUCUUACAAAAUCCCAGCAGCAUGGAACGCCUCUUUUAAACCAGAUGGAAAAUACCCAGUCGUUAUUUUCUCUCAUGGUCUGGGAGCAUUCAGGACACUGUAUUCAGCAAUAUGCGUCGAGUUGGCCUCACAGGGCUUUAUUGUUGCCGCAGUGGAACACAGAGAUGAAUCAGCUUCCGCAACCUUCUACUACAAAGAGAAGUCUGAAACGAAACAAAGCCAUCACGCGCCACGGGAAACGUUCCGGCCUGUGUCCGAUAAUUUGGUGGAAGAGUGGAUGUACUACAGACCACUAAAAACAGGCGAGAGUGAAUUACUUCUAAGAAGCAAUCAAGUGAAACAAAGGGCAGAUGAGUGCAUCAGAGCUUUGGAUCUUCUGAUUGACAUCAAUUCAGGAAAGUCUGUGGAAAAUGUCUUGCUGUCUGAAUUUGACUGGUCAAAACUGAAGAACUGUAUGGACAUGUGUAGAAUAGCAGUCAUGGGCCACUCCUUUGGUGGGGCCACAGUGAUCGAGUGUUUGUGUAAGGAAGUCAAAUUUAAGUGUGGCAUUGCGCUGGACGCGUGGAUGUUUCCCCUUGAAGAGGAAAUCUUUCCAAGUGUGAAACAGCCAAUAUUUUUCAUUAACUCUGAGAAGUUCCAGUGGGCUGGGAAUAUAAUUCGCAUGAAGAAAUUAGAUUCUGCAGUCAUUCCAAGAAAGAUGAUCACCGUCCUGGGAGCUGUGCAUCAGAGCUUCCCAGACUUCACCUUUCUCACAGGUCACUGGGUUGGGAAGAUCCUGAAGCUGCACGGAGAAAUCGAUCCUCACAUAGCAAUGGAUUUGUGCAACAGAGCCUCGUUAGCAUUCCUUCAACAACACUUAUCUCUGGAGAAAGACUUCAAUCAGUGGAAUCAUUUAAUUGAUGGAAAAGAUGUCCACUUGAUUCCAGGCACCAACAUCACUCUGCUUCAGUCCUCCAUCUAAUCCAUCCGCUUGUUGUACUGCUUAUCCUACACAGGGGCGCAGGGAGCCUGGAGCCUAUCCCAGGGGGCUUGGGGUGCCACCAAACCCUCGCAGGGUACAGGGGAAUCCCCGAUUCACACACUACAGCUAUCGAACUCUAACCACUAAGCCACGGUGCACCCAACCCCACCCUGAUCUAAAAGUACAUGCAUCACGGCUCUGUUUGUAAUAGUACAAUCCCAACGUGCCAAACUAAAUUUAAUUUCAGCUGUAUAGCUGAACUUUGUCUGCGGUGUAUGAAAAUCGAGCAGGUCGGACCAGAUGAAUCGUAAAUAUUUAAAAUAAGAGCAUUAUUUAAAUUGAGUGACGUGCAAAUGCUUAUACUUAUUCCCUUAAAGGAAGUUUAUUAACCACAGAACGAGAGUAUUUUCUGAAGUUCUACAGCUUGGUGUCCCAGCUGGUCUCGUGCUUUGCUUCUACAGCGAUGUUACACAGCACUGAUCGGUUAUAAGGAGGAUCACAACCCCCAUUGAAUAUUAAUAACCUGCGACACCGCGGUUACAGCAAAAUAAACAGAUCACAGUUAGACUGGUUGGGACUGA